AUGGCUCAACAACGAUUUCUUCAUCAUCGACUUCAAUUCAUCGAUCAACAGUAUCGUCUCGAUCUCCAUCAAAGUCUAUGGCAAUCUUAUUUAAGUUUAGGAUCAGAACAUGAAAUAUGGGCAAAUCAAGUGUACAAGUUAGCUAAUUCGAAUGAUCAUGAACAAUGUCAACACUUUGUAACGGAUCGUUUAAUCCAAUUGAAUCGACAAAUAGAUCAAUGUACGGCUGAAUUAAUAACACAAUCUCGACCAUGUCCCAAGAAAUUAUUACCAAUAGAAGAACUCGACUGUAAGCUGAAGGAAUUUGUUAGUGAACAACAAACAUAUUUAGUGAAAAAAAUCAAUGCUCGAUUAAUUCGGUAUCAAGAGAUGAUCGAAGAAAAGAAAUUAUUUCAAAUUCUAUCUACAUAUACUCUUACUAAUAUACAAAAAGAUAUCAUCGAUCGACUAAUCAAUCUACGACAGAAACAACUUGAAGUAUUCGAAGAAUUGCUUCAAUUCGAAACGCAAGUUUCUAUGGAACUUUUACCAGAAGGCUUUGAUCAUUUAGAAAUGUUCAUUGCACCUACUCUUUAUUCAUCUAUAGUAAAAGAUCAUCUGCUCACUAUGACAUUGAAACAAAAACGAUACAAAACUAUACAAGAAAUCAAACGUAUUUGGUUAAAUAUCUAUAUAGAUGCCUAUGAAAUUCAAUAUCAAGACUAUGAACAUCAAUAUAAAAGAGAAUUAGAUAAUUUUAAAUUGAUUAGUGCCAAUGAUAAUCAAAUAAAUGAAACUACUCUUCCAAUUGAUUCUUUCAUGACAUAUAUCAAUCAUCGAACAAAAAGGAUGAAACAAGAGAUUUAUUCAGAAAAGUUAUCUAUAUAUCGAAGAAAAUUAUUACGUCGUCAUCGUCGUCGUCUUGGAUUAAAAACGAAAUUAAUACCAAUUCGUCCAACAGUAAUUAUUGAUCUUAUUCGUCAUCCAUUUACUACAACUGAAUUAGCUUAUCUUUCAAGAGGUCCCACUUAUAUACGACCAAAUCAAAGUGCACUUCGGCCAGCGGCUCAACGAGAAAAACAAAUUGACAAGGAAUCGACUACUAUUAUCGAUAAAUUGAAGAGAUUUAUGGCCAAUCUUGAAAAUCCAGGAAAAAUUCCAUCAACAGCUCGAUUAUAUAAAUCUUAUUUGAAACGUUUACGAGCCCAUCUCUUUUCUCGUUAUAUGACUCCAUUAACAUUGAUCGAUCAGAUACGUGCUCGACGAGAAUUCAGAAUGGUCAAAUCUAUUCAACGAAAACUAAAGAAAUAUCGACUUAUUCUUCGUCAAACAGAUAAAAGUGGUGUAUUUCAUAUUGGUCACGCCAAUGAUUAUAAACGAAAAGCACGUCAAUAUCGAGAAAAAACUGGUGCUUAUGAAGAAUUAUCUACUAAUCCAUUUAAUGAAAUUCUCUAUAAUACCACUCAUCUAUUGAAUCAAAUGAAAGCACAUACAAAAAUACCUGAAUGGCAACGAUUAAAGAUGUUACCUAUUCGAGCUAAAACACAAUUGGCAUAUCAAUAUUUUCUUCCUAAAGUUCAUAAGAAUGGCGCACCACUUCGACCGAUUAUCAAUACUAUUCAUGCAGCAACGAAAGCAAUUUCUCAAUUUUUAGAUAGAAUGAUUCGUCCUUUAUUCGAUCGAUAUGUUCGACAGACUACGAUUGUCGAUGGUGUUGAUUUAUUGACUAAAUUACAAGUCUAUAUUCAACAAGGUCAUUUUACUGCAUCUACUCUUUUCGUUACUUUCGAUAUUACCAAUCUUUAUACGAUGUUACCUCAAGAAGAAUCACUCAUAAUUCUUGCAGAAUUUCUUCAUGAACACCAUAGUGAUCGUUUGAAUGGGAUCUCAAUUGAGACCAUCAUUGAAUUAAGUCGUAUAGUACUUCAAGCCAAUGCAUUUGUCUAUGAUAAUAAAUUCUAUCGACAAAUCAUUGGUGGAGCCAUGGGAUCACCAUUUACUUUAACAUUGGCAAAUAUUUUCAUGUGGAAAUGGGAAAAACAAACACUCAUUCCUAAAUUAUUGCCUCAUGAAAUCUUUGGUCGAUAUAUUGAUGAUGGUUUCUUUACAUCCAAUGAAUCAGAAGCAACUAUCAAGGCAAUUCUGAAUAUAGUGAAUAAAUUUCAUCCAAAUAUUAAAUUAGAAUAUCAAAUUGGUAAAUGUCUUCCAUUUUUGGAUGUACUUAUUCAUAAUAAUAAUGGUAUUCUUUUGUCAUCGGUCUAUCAUAAACCUGCAGCAGAACCAGCCGUAUUAUCAUUUUUAUCUGAUCAUCCUCGACAUACCUUUCGAAAUGUAUUUCAAACACUUCUGAUCAGAGCGAUACGAUAUUCAUCAACAUUCGAAGCAUUCAAUAUUGAACGACGUGAAAUUCGAUUACUGUUAUUAUACAAUGGUUAUCCAUCAACAUAUAUUCAUGAGCAAUUUCAACAAUUCUUCGUGAAACAUCGCGUUUUAUCUUCAUCAUCUACUUUACCAUUGAUUGAUAAUGUACAAGAAUUCUAUCGUUUACGUGAGAACUUAUUAGCACAACCAUCUAUUAAGCAACAAAUAGUGAAGAAGAAUGCUGCUACUGUGGAAAUUACUACAAAGAAACAAGUUAAUCAAGAAACAACUACACAAAUUAUGGAGACAAGAGUGAAACGAAAAAAUGAUGAUAAAUUCAAAAAUACGAUCUUUAUUCAUUGUAUACAUGAGGCACGAUUGGAAGGUGUAAAACGACAUAUACAUGAAAUUCACGAUAGUUACUUCAAGAGUACAGAUCACGGGAAUAUUCGAUUAGUAGUUGGUCAUCGAAAUAAUCCAAAUCUCGACUUUGAACUAACCAAUAAACGUCCACGUUCGACAUUACUGAAGGACCCAACGAAAAAAAGUAAAGAUGGCAUGGAUCUCUAUUAUUUCGCCUAUCAAACUUUUCGUUUUUCUUUUCUAUUAGAACCAGAACUCAAUCAACCUGCUGCUCCUCCUCAAUCAACAGCCUAA